AUUCUGCAUUGGUGCCAGAACUCUCAAUCCACCACUGAGAGAAAAUGUCCAUCCAAGUUGAACAUCCUGCUGGUGGUUACAAGAAACUGUUCGAAACCGUGGAGGAACUGUCCUCGCCGCUCACAGCUCAUGUUACAGGCAGGAUCCCCCUCUGGCUCACUGGCAGUCUCCUUCGAUGUGGGCCAGGACUCUUUGAAGUUGGAUCUGAACCAUUUUACCACCUGUUCGAUGGACAAGCCCUCCUGCACAAGUUUGACUUUAAAGAAGGACACGUCACAUAUCAUAGAAGGUUCAUCCGCACUGAUGCUUAUGUCCGGGCAAUGACUGAGAAAAGGAUUGUCAUAACGGAGUUUGGCACCUGUGCUUUCCCAGAUCCCUGCAAGAAUAUAUUUUCCAGGUUUUUUUCUUACUUUCGAGGGGUGGAGGUCACUGACAAUACCCUUGUUAACAUCUACCCAGUAGGGGAAGAUUACUAUGCCUGCACAGAGACCAACUUCAUUACAAAGAUUAAUCCUGAGACUUUGGAGACAAUUAAGCAGGUUGAUCUUUGCAACUAUGUGUCUGUCAAUGGAGCCACUGCUCACCCCCAUAUUGAAAGUGACGGAACUGUUUACAACAUUGGUAAUUGCUUUGGGAAAAAUUUUUCAAUUGCCUACAAUAUUGUAAAGAUCCCUCCACUACAAGCAGACAAGGAAGAUCCAAUAAGCAAGUCAGAGGUCGUUGUACAAUUCCCCUGCAGUGACCGAUUCAAGCCAUCUUACGUCCAUAGUUUUGGUUUGACUCCCAACUAUAUUGUUUUUGUGGAGACGCCAGUCAAAAUUAACCUGUUCAAGUUCCUUUCCUCAUGGAGUCUUUGGGGAGCCAACUACAUGGAUUGUUUUGAGUCCAAUGAAACCAUGGGGGUUUGGCUUCAUAUCGCUGACAAAAAAAGAAGAAAGUACCUCAAUAAUAAAUACAGAACCUCUUCUUUUAAUCUCUUCCAUCACAUCAAUACUUACGAAGACAAAGGGUUUCUGAUUGUGGAUCUCUGUUGCUGGAAAGGAUUUGAAUUUGUUUAUAAUUACUUAUAUUUAGCCAAUUUACGUGAGAACUGGGAAGAGGUGAAAAAAAAUGCCAGAAAGGCUCCCCAGCCUGAAGUGAGGAGAUAUGUGCUUCCUCUGAAUAUUGACAAGGCUGACACAGGCAAGAACUUAGUCACACUCCCCAACACAACUGCCACUGCAAUUCUGUGCAGUGACGAGACCAUCUGGCUGGAACCUGAGGUUCUCUUUUCAGGGCCUCGCCAAGCAUUUGAGUUUCCUCAAAUCAAUUAUCAGAAGUAUGGAGGGAAACCUUACACGUACGCAUAUGGACUUGGUUUGAAUCACUUCAUUCCAGACAGGCUCUGUAAGCUGAACGUUAAAACUAAAGAAACGUGGGUAUGGCAAGAACCUGAUUCAUAUCCAUCAGAACCUAUCUUUGUUUCUCACCCAGAUGCCUUGGAGGAAGAUGAUGGUGUAGUUCUGAGUGUGGUGGUGAGCCCUGGGGCAGGACAAAAACCUGCUUAUCUUCUGAUUCUGAAUGCCAAGGACUUGAGCGAAGUUGCCAGGGCUGAAGUGGAAAUUAACAUCCCUGUCACCUUUCAUGGAUGGUUCAAAAAAUCCUGAGCACAUUCUAGCACAUUAUAUUUCUAUUGACAAAACCAGAAAAACAGUCGGGUCUGCAAUCAAAUUCUGUUCAAUUUUAGCCUGCUGUAUUACAUCGUUUUAACUUGCAGAUGCACACAAUUUUGCAAUAUUUUACAGAAAGCACAGAGUUUAGCAAGCAAUUCCUUAAAAAAAAAAGCAGCACAAAUUUUAGAUAAUCAUACUCUCUCUGUGAGACAGGCGGACCAUAACUAAAAACUCUUUAUAUAUUUAUCAAUCAAAUAGAAAAUAAAUGUGGAUUUAUUAAGCUUUUUUUCCCUACUGUAAAAGUAUAUUUUAGGUAUCUAUCUUCUCCAAUUAUUUUUUAACACUUAAAAGCCAAAGUUCUCUACAACUGAUUUGUAUAUGGCUUCCCUAAGGCAAGGUAGUACCAUGCAAAAAGGCUUAAUUACUAAAUGUCAGACCAAACUUUUUCACAACCAGGGACUAUCAUCUAAGAGUAAUCCUAGUAAUAAGUAUAUGUAUAUAUAUAUAUUACUGUUACAAGAUUCUCAAGCUUUAUGAAUUUUAACAUUUCCAUUCAAUAUAGGCAAUUACUGAUUAUUUCUGAUUUUACAAUAAAGCCUAUCUCUAAUCGACUGACAGCUCUAACGAAAUAACAUCACAGAGAUAAGUUAUCUAUUAAAAGCUUACAUAACAUCAAAGCACUUACAUAUAGUAGUGACUAUAAUUUUUGAAAUACUUACAAAUAUAAUUUCUACUUAAAAUCAGAGUAUAAGAUAAUGCCAGGGGGUUAUACUAUGUUGUCUCAUGUUUAAUUAUAUAUAAGCACUGUGCAAUCAGCUGACCUAAGCAAAAGACAAAGAGAGAAAAAGAGAAAAUAUUAA